AUUUAUUUAUUUGUAUGCGUGUUACUCGCAUAACUCAAAAAGUAUUACACCGAAUCGCAUGAAAUUUGGUGAGAUUAUUGGUUAUUAUCCGGGGACCAUUUGAUUAGAUUUUGGGAUCGAUCGGGUCAAAGGUCAAUGUCAGGGUCAUGAAAAGGUCAAAAUCUUCUUUUUACCAUAGCACGGUCAAUUUGUAUCCAAUUGGCAUGCAACUAAUGCCAACAUGUUCAUAAUUCAAUGCCCAAUCUUGUGAUAUGCGAAGGUAUGCGCUCUACCGAGUGCCCGUUCUAGGUAUUACUGUGACGGGCAUUGCUGCUCAAUUAUUUAAUUAGCUUCAUAAGGGGUUGUGAAGUCCCAAAUAGGGUUGCGGCUAACAAGUAUUUUAAUUACCGAUUAAUCUGGAAACUGGUUUUUUUUAUUAAUCAUUCACUCAAUCAAUAUAAUCAUGUAAAGUGUUUACAAAAGUUAUACAAAUAAUGCUCAUAUUUAAAGAGCUCAUUGUCAAAAUUGCUUGUUUUGUCUGACUAGCAGUCAAAAACUCUGAAAUAUUUCAUUUUUAAUGAGACUUUAUUAUCACACUAACUUGUUUAUUAUUCUUUUUUCUGCCAUUUAACUACUCAAUACAGUUUUACAGCCUCACAUUUAGCCUGAUUAGGCCCACAGACAGACUCUUUAUGUCCACUACUAUACAGGCCAUAGAUUAAUCUAUCUUGAUAAGAAUAGAAAAACAAGCCUUUUGUGUCCCUUGACACACUACUUAUUAUUUUAAUACAUUUUGGAUGAUGGUUGUUACGCUGCUUGUGUCUUUUGUCUCAUCAGUCGGGGAUGAUGAUCGCUCCGGUCCUCGCUAACCUCGGCCCCAUAGAGGAGUUGUCCUUCAAACCCAACCCCGGAGAGGUGGAGGAGAUUUUCACCUUGUCCCUGUCCCACCUGUGCAACCCUCAGAACCGCGGCUACACACACUUCCGCACCGGCGACAAGUACGGAUUCACCAUGCCGGUGUUUCGUAACGGGAAGUAUCGUGUGUGGGGUCUGACGGCCGUCGCCCUGGACCAUACCCUGAAACUCAUUGUCCCCGAUUAGCAGCUGAACCCACUGUUUUUUGCUUUUACAGUUUAUAGGACACUUAGACCUAUCAUGUGACUCAAAGAUGUGGUCGUCAGGUGUAGCAGAUGCCAGGAAUCGGUUUGAAUGUGAAAUAUUUUCUUUUAUAUAAAAGGUACAUCUCUUUCCAGUCAGGCAAAAUAUAUAUAUAUUUCUUAUUCUUCCCCCUACUUGUGCACUCUCUGAGCUUUGGGUGUAUAAAGGCGGUGGCCAGCGUUGAUGACGUCACUCACAAAGAGCAGUGUUUGUCCUUGGAGCACAGAUAUGACAUAACGACAUCAGAAAGCAGUGCCGGUACUUUCUUACACCUGAUUGAUUAUUACCUGAACAUUCAUCAGUGUUUCUCUAUUAGAAACGUGUUUGAAUUUAAAAAGCUCACAAAUCCUUUUUUUAAAAUUCAGCUUCAAAUCUCCUGUACUAGCAGUUACAAAAUCCAUGGAUAUUAACAAGUUCAAUUAAUACGCUACAGAUAUAACUUUUGCUGUGAGAGUUUUCCAGUGGGACGUUUCAUUAUAUAAUUUUAUUUGCAGAGAUCAUGGUUUCCAGUGUGAGUCGGCUCACGUUUCGUUUUUUAAAAAUCUCACACUGGAUCAACUCCUGACUGUUUAAAAACACUGAAAGGAUAGAAGGUUGGUGAACAAAGCAAUAAAGAUUUUUUUUUAAAGGUA